AUGAAGCCACUUUGUGCAUUGUUGACUGUUCUCCUCACCUUUUCAUCAACCGCAUUGUCACUACCUCUCCCCAAUACAGAUGAGGAUGAUUUCCUAGCGGAAGAUCUUGAAGAGCUGCAUAAUUUGAUGGCAAGCCUGAAAAUGAAGAGGCUACUUGAAAACUUGAAAAAGGAGGCGAAAAUUCAUGCCCUCUUAUCAGCCAUUGCAAUGAAUGAUGAAAUUGUGGAGGAGGAUAGAGAAGAAGAGAAGGAAAGAGAAGAGCUUUCUCGAGAGAUUGAGAAUUUGAACAUUCUUGGUCGGAUGGUACGAGAGGAGAACGAUGAAGAGAACUCCACACGAAAGCGAAGGGCAGCAAUCUUCAAAAGACUCCUAGAGGACAAUAUCACCUUCCCUAAAGUUGAUGAAGAAUCCCUGCGGGGUUUUAUUGAAAAGUUUCAUAAGACGCUCCCUUCCAGGCACGCACACAAUCGAGGUUCCCGUAGAAUUGGGACCUUUCCACGGAAUGCUGAAGGCGGAUCACUUGAUUUCGGUGAAUUCGAUCUGGGAUGA